GAUAUCCUCUAAUCGUCUCCCACUCAAAGUCAUAGCCUCUUGUUCAGCAAAGAAAAAGAAAACAAAAACCCGCACAAGACCCUUCCUUUCAAUUCCACAACUACACUGCGCAAAAAUGGCGUCCUUGCACCACCCCACCGCUUCCCUCCAAUCCAAACACACCUUAAUCCCCCGAACCACCCUCACCCCAAAACCCAUCUUCAACCUCUCCCUCCCCGGCUCCACCUUCACUCCCCUCAAGCUCAAACUCCCCAUCGCUUUUCCCACCGCGCGCCGCUCCAACGGUCUCCUCGGAGCCAAAAUGUCAGCCACCGCGGCCGCCAGCUACGCCUCCGCCCUUGCCGACGUGGCGAACUCCAACAACACCCUCGACGCGACCACCUCGGACAUCGAGAAAAUGGAGGAAAUCUUCUCUGACUCCACGGUGUUCGACUUUUUCGCCGACCCAACAGUGGAAAUCGAGAGGAAACGCAAGUUGGUGGACGAAAUUGCGGAAUCAUCAGGGUUCCAACCCCACACGCGGAAUUUCCUCUACAUCUUGGUGGACGCGCAGAGGAUUGACCUGGUGAAUGACAUAGCGAAGGAGUUCGAGUUGGUGUAUAACUCUUUGACCGACACAGAGCUUGCUGUUGUGACCUCUGUGGUGAAGUUGGAAUCGCAGCACUUGGCGCAGAUUGCGAAGCAGGUGCAGAAGCUCACUGGGGCAAAGAAUGUGAGGAUUAAGACCCUGAUUGACCCUAGUUUGGUUGCGGGUUUCACUAUCAGGUAUGGGAAUUCGGGGUCUAAGUUGAUUGACAUGAGUGUGAGGAAGCAGCUUGAGGAGAUUGCUGCUCAACUUGAUUUGGCUGAUGUUGAACUCGCCGUAUGAGAUUCCCUUUAUAGCUUGUCUUCUUUCUCCUCAAUUUCGUUUACUAUUAUUAUUUUUUUGGGGUAAGUAUAUGUAUCAAAUAUUAAGCCUCAAGUGUGUACAACUACAACCUUCUUACAAUAACUUGAGUUUUAAAUUUUGGAAAUUUGGCUUUGAUUCUUGUGUUUUGGACGACCAUGGGCGCGUAAUCUGUAUCCAACAAGAAAAGCAAAGACCUUCUUGAGACUAUUUUUUUUUUCAAACUUUUAAAAUUAUUGUAUAUCUUCAAUUUCUCAUUAAUUUUUAAAUAUUUA